CAGCCGUUACACAACGACGUCUGCACGCAAUGCCCCAUCUAAACGUCCACUUCUGUCUGUUUGGGCCUCACAGCGUGUUACUAAAUCAGUCUCCUUCUUAAUCCUUGAACUUGACAACUUGUUCAGUCCUAGUUAGAUGGACAAGAAGUGAACAAGAAAUCUUGUCGACGUACCUCCAGAGAAACAGACCACCACGGAGGAGAGGGCGUGGUGGAAAAGAGGAACCGUCGAGCAGGGGUAAAUGUUCCACCGACCACAGCGAUGGCAGCACCCCUCCUCAGAUUUGGGCGCCUGAGUGAGCAGGUAAACUUACAAACAGGGCUGGGAGGAGUAUUUUCAAAAAGUAGUGAUGGAUGAAUAUUGAAUACAGUGUCCAAAAUGUAUUCAAUGAUGUAUUCAGUUACAGUACAUAAAAAAACGAAUGUAUUUAGAGUACAUAUUGACAUGGCACAUGGGGAAAAACUGCUGUUUUUAUUAUUUUUUAUUUAAUCCACUGUUCCUCGCUCUUACUGGUUAGCAGUUUUCUACAUGUAAUUCUUUUGUUAGUAUAUUUAAUGAAAAAUUCACUUAUUUAAAUGAACAAAAUUCUUAGCAAUUAUUCAGUUCAGUAAUGCUGAGAUUAAUAACUGGCUCAGAUUUAUCGGUCUACUCAGGCUUUAGCAAGAAUUCCAGUGUCUGAACAGAAGCUGUUUUUUUUUACACACCAUGAUUUUAAAAUAGUUAAACAAAAGGCAGAAAAAGUAUUAAAAGUAUUUCAGAAGUAUCCUCCUAAAAGUGUUAAAAGUAACUGUAUUCGUAACACUGCUUUCAUUAAAUGUAACUUGGACUGAAUACAGAUACUUUUUGUGUAUUCUGGAUAUGUAUUCCCAAUACUUGUAUUCCGUUACAUCCCAACCCUGUUGACAAACACUUUCAUUCAUAAAAUAAUGUUACUGUGACAUUAAACUUUAGCCUUUUUUGGAAAUGAAACCAAACUAUUCAUCACAGGAAAGCAUACAAACAGAUAUGGUCUGGUGCUUUUCUCCUCCCCUUCAUUAAGUUAAUUUACUUGACACUGUCUCUGAGGUCCUGUCCCAAAUCUCACCAUAAGCCCUCCAAGUCAGCACUUUUGUGACAUUAACAACAUGUGGUCAUAGGCCUGUGUGGGGAAAAUCUUUAACUGUGAUUUUCUGACCUAUAUUGAGAUAUAGAUAUAGAUUAUAAAUUAAGUUUGCAGUCCUUUUUUCGAAAAGACAUUUAGCACAUUCUUUUUUUCAGAUUUGAGACUUAAAUGCUGAGGGAAGUGUGCCACACUGCCAGCUUGCAACAUCUGCGUUCUUAUGUUAAUUUCCCCAAUUACAAAAGUUGUUAAGACAACGUUGAAUAAAGAAGGAUAGAAUUAAUUUGUAGGUCUUGCGAUUUGAAAAUUGCACUGCGAUUUUGAUAUAAAAACGAUUAAUUGUUUAGCCUUGUGUGGACCUAUAGUUCAGGAGCAGUGUUGUGCAAGCAGCUUAACAAUGCAGCAGGCUAACUAUGUUCGUAUUAGGAUGCGACAAGUCGCUAAUGUCGCCUAAAGUUUAUGUCUUGUGGGGGAGUUUGAGGCUCUCUUGCCACGUGUGGGCAUGUACACUGUACAGCUUCUGACAAAAAAAACAUAGAAAAUGUACUUUAUUUGUGUUCCUAUUUUGUUUAAAAUAUGAUUGCAGUUUACAAGUUUGUAAGUUUCUCUUCCAUUUUUUGCACAGUACUAUUGGGAGUAGGAAAGAAAUGGCAGGAGAAACUAACAGAAACUGUAGAGUUAUAAUUUAUAUGCUAUAAAUCAUUUGCAUAAAGCUGAGAAAAUCUCAACUUGAUUUGUCGCUUGUUCCCCUGCUGCCAUGUUGCUUGCUGCUUGUCACUAAAUUGCAGCUGUACGUCACCCACUUCCAUAGGAAAUGACUGCUCAUCUGCCGCUCUGUUGCCUGUUUUCUUGCUCUAGCUAACUAUCCAGCACUCUUUGAGUUAUACGAACGGUCAGUAACGUAUGGUAAUGUGAAUGUAAGGUUAGUUACACUAUUUAAAAAACACAGGGGCACAAGAUAAAUAGUUUAACAUAUUUGGUCAUUUGGUCUUAAGGACCGAUUCUGGGUAAUGUUUCUCGCACGCACAUGCAGAUGAGGAUCACAACACUCCAGGUGCCACCAGUUGGGACACCUCCAGCAUUGUACCACACGAGCGUGUCCAUGAAGAACAACAGAAAAGUCAGAGAAAGAAGGAGUGCAUGGCAUCCCAUUUGGACAAGGCAGUGGUGUCCCAUUUUGAGCGCCUGCGUAUGGAAAACUCAUUUGGCAUUUUAAGAGGAACGCGAAAUGUAGUGAACUUCAAUACCAAAGCUGGAAAUCCCAAGAAACCAAUCAGAUAUACAAGUAUAAAGAAGGCAAAGCCCAAAACAAUAAUCGAUAUUGGCAAACUAUUACUGCAAAGGGCCAAUGACGCUAAAGUGAAUAAACAGUCAGUAAUUGCAGAAGCUGCUUUGAAAGCAGCCACACAGACAGCCAAGCCUGCUGCAUUAAAACAGUCUGCUGCUUUGAGUGAUUCUGUGGCUGCAGAUGCUUCUAUGCAAAAAGCUCCAACUGCUCCAAGUUCUUCAGAUGCUGAAUCAGUGACUCCUGUUGCUGCAGGAUUUGUGGAUGCAACAUCUAGGAUUUCAGAUGCUAUAAAACCACCAGUCCUGUCUAGCGCUUCUGUCAAAGAUUCAAAUAAAACUACCAAAUCUGUAGAACAAGGGACUUUUCCUGAAAAUGUAGAUCAAGGGACAGUGCCAGAACCUACCGCCACCAAGAAAAUCCCUCCUGAAGCAUCUGGCUCUUUAGGAUUGUCUCCACCAUUUGGCACAUCAUUCGAAGCUUCCGGAGGAGAAAUGGCAGAAAGUCCACAAAAAACUGCCCACAAAAAUGCAAGUACCUUUACAGCACCACCUGAAGCUGUUUCUGAUGCUGCCCCCAUAGAUGUUACAUACUCUGAGGAAGUUGAUCCAGUCAGUGGUUUCACUGACAUAGAGAUCGCAUCGAAAGAGCCUUCAGUUGGGGUCCUUUCAACCACAGGCACAGUGACUGCUGAAAUUGUUGACUCUCAGUCUGUCGGUGCUGUGGACAUCCCGGCCGUCCCUGAGGUGUUUAUUCCAGAAAUUUCUCCUGCAGGAUAUAGUUCUACCAAAGCCACUCCAACUGCUGAAGAUGUAGAAAUCAUUCAUGCCCUGGAUGAUGCAACAUCCCCACCAUCACUUUCUUCUAAAGAUGUCCCAUCAAGAGUAGAAGUUACCCAAACACAGAUGCAAGAUGUUAGACCACUGACUUCUGAGACUCCUACUGAUGUUGCCUGCUAUGCAUCUUCCUCAAAGAUCAUUUCUGAAGAACUUGCUCAUGAAAGUGCUCCGGGGGCAAAGGUUUCAUCUCAUGCUGUUCUAGAGCUUCCAGUGACAGAACUUGGGGUUUCACCUGUGGUUCCAUAUAAAGACACUGCCAUUCAAGAAGACGUUGACUGUGCAAAAGCAGUGACCACUAACUCCAUUUCAGUGGUCACACCUGUAGGAAGGGCACAUCGGCAUACAACUGCCAAAAUCCCUGGGGGUUCCUCAAGUCAGGCUGAAGAGAUAGUUGCCAUGACAGAAAAGGUUCUGGACUUCACACCAGAGAUGGUUUUUGAAGCUUCAGUGGCCCAGAGCCCUGAACCAUUGAAUGGAGAAUUCGCAGAAGAUGGACUAAAGACAGAAGGAGAGGAGGCAGUCAAGGAGUCUUCAGAGGCACAACUGGACCCAAUAAAGAGACUGUUCCUAGAUAAGAUUCGUGAAUACUCCACCAAGAGCAAGGCCUGCAGUGGGCUGGUUGAUGCCGGCCCAGAGUAUGAGAAAGCCUUUUCAGAGGAACUGACUAAGCUUCAAAGACUUUAUGGUAAUGGGGACCUCACGGCUUUCCCAGAGUUUAAGUUCCCAGAGCCUGUGUUGGAUGAAAUCAGCUCCAAAUAAAUAACAGCUGCUCACAGCUUUCCAAAGAAGUGUGACUUUUAUUGUAUUACCAAAUAACAUUGUAAGGUGCAGUGAAUGUUUAUCCAUUAUGUUUAUAUAUUUUUGUAAUUAAUUAUGAGAAACAAUUCUGAUUAUCUUGAUGUAGCACUUUAAUUGGCCAGAUAACUGAUGACAAACCAUGAAAUAAAUCUCAAGGGAACACUGUGCAAAAAAAGGAAAAUAAAGUAAUUUAUAGAAAUGAA